AUGGCAGAAGUUGAGGUUAGAGCAGCACACAAUGAAUUGGAAGCAUGUGCUCAAACGGACACCAUAGACAAGGUUGUAUUUACAUCCUCAGCAACGACUGUUAUUUGGAGAGACGAUCGAAAUUCGUCAUCAUCUCCUGCAGAUUUAGAUGAAAAACAUUGGAGUGACAUUAAUAUCUGCCGUAAGAUUAAGCUGUGGCAUGCCCUGUCCAAGACGCUGGCGGAGAAAGUUACUUGGGCCUCGGUUAGGGGUGCAAUUCGAGCGG